AUGAAUAUGAGCAAGAGUGAGAUGGUGAAAGAAAGUACAUUAAAACCAUCUCGGAGGUCCCUGCCUUGCCUGGCCCAAAGCUGCACAUACUCGCAGAGCCUGGGCCAGUCUACCUCACUCUUCCAAUCAAAUGAGAGUGAAUCCCAGGCUCCUACUUCUUUCACAUCAAUCUCUGUUGACAAAGCAGCGCAAUUUAAUGCUGGGGAGAAUAAAAAUGACUCUGUGCUCAACUGCUCUUUCACGGACCUCAGUGAUUUCUGCUUGGCCCUAGGAAAAGAUAAAGAUUACCUGGAUGAAUCAGAACACGCAAAUUAUGACCGAUCUCGGCUCAUCAGAGACUCUGUUGUCAAAGAUAAAUCUGAACCUAAGCCAAAAUUAUUGUCUAAGAAUGACAUGAAUUACAUAGCAUCCAGUGGCCUCCUAUUUAAAGAUGGCAAAAAGCGGAUUGAUUACAUCCUGGUUUAUAGAAAGUCAAAUAUACAGUAUGACAGAAGAAACACUUUUGAAAAGAAUCUCAGAGCAGAAGGCUUGAUGUUGGAAAAGGAGCCAGCUGUUGCAAACUCUGAUAUCAUGUUUAUUAAAAUUCACAUUCCAUGGGACACACUGUGCAAGUAUGCAGAGAGGCUGAAUAUCAGGAUGCCUUUCAGGAAAAAGUGCUAUUACACUGACCAGAGGAGCAAAUCGAUGGGCAGGAUGAAAAAGAAUUUGAAAAAAAUCAUACAGUGGAUGCCCCGAAACCCAAUGGUUCUCGACAAGUCAGCUUUCCCAGACCUGGAGGAGUCAGAAUGCUAUACUGGCCCAUUCAGCCGUGCACGGAUUCACCACUUCAUAAUAAACAAUAAGGACACCUUCUUCAGCAAUGCUACUCGAAGUAGAAUAGUCUAUCACAUGCUGCAACGUACUAAAUAUGAAAAUGGAAUCUCAAAAGUGGGUAUCUGUAAACUUAUCAACAAUGGUGCAUAUGAAGCAGCAUUUCCCCCACAUGAGGGAGCCUACAAGAGUAGACAGCCCAUCAAAACCCACGGGCCUCAGAAUAAUAGACAUCUAUUAUAUGAGCGCUGGGCACGCUGGGGGAUGUGGUAUAAGCAUCAGCCUCUGGAUUUAAUCAGGCGAUACUUUGGUGAAAAGAUUGGGCUCUACUUUGCUUGGCUAGGAUGGUAUACUGGGAUGUUGAUUCCUGCAGCAAUUGUUGGCUUGUGUGUUUUCUUCUAUGGAUUAUUUACAAUGAAUAGAAGUCAAGUAAGCCAAGAAAUUUGUGCAGCUGCUGAAGUGUUCAUGUGCCCUCUCUGUGACAAGAACUGUUCCCUGCAGAGACUCAAUGACAGCUGUAUCUAUGCCAAGGUGACAUAUUUGUUCGAUAAUGGAGGGACAGUCUUCUUUGCUAUUUUUAUGGCAAUAUGGGCCACAGUCUUCCUAGAGUUUUGGAAAAGGAGAAGAAGUAUACUUACCUAUGCUUGGGACCUGAUUGAAUGGGAAGAGGAGGAGGAAACAAUCCGUCCCCAGUUUGAAGCAAAGUAUUACACAAUGGAGAGAGUGAAUCCCAUUACAGGAAAACCUGAGCCACAUCAGCCCUUCUCAGACAAAAUCACUCGUCUUCUUAUCUCUGUCUCAGGAAUAUUCUUCAUGAUUUCUUUGGUGAUCACGGCAGUGUUUGCAGUAGUGGUGUAUCGCCUGGUCGUCAUGGAACAGUUUGCGUCAUUCAAGUGGAGUUUCAUCAAACAGCACUGGCAGUUUGCAACAUCUGCGGCUGGUGUUUGUAUUAAUUUUGUAAUCAUCAUGAUGCUGAAUGUUGCUUAUGAAAAAAUUGCCUACCUUCUCACUAAUUUGGAGUUUCCUCGAACAGAAUCUGAAUGGGAAAACAGCUUUGCUCUGAAGAUGUUCCUUUUCCAGUUUGUCAAUUUAAACAGUUCCAUCUUCUAUAUCGCUUUCUUUUUGGGGAGAUUUGUAGGCCACCCAGGAAGUUACAAUAAACUUUUUGACCGGUGGAGACUGGAGGAAUGUCAUCCUAGUGGCUGUUUGAUAGACCUCUGCCUCCAGAUGGGUGUUAUCAUGUUUUUGAAGCAAAUAUGGAAUAACUUCAUGGAACUAGGAUAUCCGCUGAUCCAGAACUGGUGGUCAAGACAUAAAAUCAAGCGGGGAAACCAAGAUGCAUCCAUACCUCAGUGGGAAAAUGAUUGGAAUCUACAGCCCAUGAAUAUUCACGGACUGAUGGAUGAGUACUUAGAAAUGGUUCUGCAGUUUGGUUUUACUACCAUCUUUGUUGCGGCUUUUCCUCUGGCCCCUCUAUUGGCUUUGUUAAACAAUAUCAUUGAAAUCAGGCUGGAUGCAUACAAGUUUGUCACCCAGUGGCGGAGGCCUCUGCCAGCCAGAGCAACUGAUAUCGGUAUCUGGUAUGGAAUUCUUGAAGGAAUCGGCAUAUUGGCUGUGAUCACCAAUGCGUUUGUGAUUGCUAUUACAUCUGACUACAUCCCUCGUUUAGUCUAUGAAUACAAAUAUGGUCCCUGUGCAGAUCAUUUGGAGAAUGGUGCCAAUUGCUUAAAGGGGUAUGUUAAUAAUAGUCUAUCAUUCUUUGACCUGAGUGAGCUUGGUGUCGGAAAAUCCGGUUACUGCAGAUAUCGAGAUUAUAGAGGCCCCCCUUGGAGUUCCAAACCUUAUGAGUUCACCUUACAAUACUGGCAUAUCCUCGCUGCCCGAUUGGCCUUCAUUAUUGUGUUUGAGCACCUUGUUUUUGGGAUCAAGUCUUUCAUUGCAUUCCUGAUUCCCGAUGUACCACAAGACCUAUAUGAUCGAAUAAGACGAGAGAAGUACUUAGUCCAAGAAAUGAUGUAUGAGGCUGAACUGGAACAUUUGCAACAACAGCGGAAAAGAAGUGGUCAGCCUGUUCACCAUGAGUGGCCUUAG